AUGAAUUACGACUCUCACAUCAACGAGGUCACCAUCUAUGAUACUACUCUUUCCUAUUCCCAACUAUACUUUACCGUCAUUCAUACCAUACAAUGGCGUCACUGGGACGCGCGUUGGACGUCGGUGUCCGAGGUGCUCGACGUGACCCCGGCGGUUGAUACUCUCAUAUUUCGAGAUACCUAUGUCCACGGACAGAUGUCGGUGCUCGGCACCGCUAUCCGCGAUGUCGCCUUGAUCAACUGUCGGGUUACGCACCAAGCGCUAUCAGGCUUAUUGGUUCCAGACAGGGGCCCUGGAGAUUUCCGGGGCCAGAACGUCAUUUUUUAUAUGUGGUACUUGAAGCCCGAGGACGGAAAUCAGUUGUUUGCAUGGCUGACAACUAGCGUGAAGGGGGUCAGAGACCUGAUCCUGGGCGUGGAAUUAGAUGUAGACAUUUCCAUUGUUCAAGGAUUUUUGAAUCGAUGGUGCAAAACGCUACAAACAAUCAAAAUCAAGCAGAUCGUCACGAAUACUUUACUUUGGGGUGCAGGUCUACUUCGGUUUUAUGGCUGUCAAUUCCUGACGGCGUUAGAAAUUCGAUGCCUCGACUCAGAGAUCGGGUUGUUAACCAGAUCCUUGGUAACAGUUCCACCUGCUCAACUACGCACCUUGACAAUCGGGUUUCAAGUAACAUUAUGGGCAGAGGAAAAGGAAAGACGGUGCGGAACUUUAGCAGUACAGAGGUUCGAUGCCUGUACAUUCGACCUCGUCAAACACUAUGAGUUUGAGUUCUUGAAGAUUGUGUUAGGGUACAAUUACAUGGACGACAGAGAAUCCGAAUAUUUCGUUGAUGGAUUCCUCAUCACCAAUCUCAAUCGGGUGAAGACUUUACCCUAUAAGAAAUGGGAUUAUGCCUUUUAUCACAUAACGACAUCUAGGAUCAGCGAAUUAAUCCAAGAGUCGAAUACAGUUCCUUGGUUCGAGUAUUGGAUAGAAGCAAAAAAGCUCAUGUCAUUGGAUUCGACGACAGGAUGUUUAUCUCCUGGUUCAGCCAAUUACGACAACACCCCUGCGAUAAUACGAGAACAUUUAGAGCGGGUUACACAUGUAACAAUCGUUUUAGCUUGCAUCCCUCCCGACACGAAGCAUAAUUGUAUUGCAUCACUCAGUCAUAUAUUGGUUGAAUGGGCAUCGGCAAACCUCGGUCAAUCGGUGACUCUUCAUGGGCUCGCCUAUGAGGUUAUCGACAGUCCAGAGCAGCCUUAUGUAGCAGCCACGAUGCUCGUUCGCGCUGAACACCUGUGUACUAUUACCGAUUCUGCUAAAUCUAUAGCUAUCAUGGGUGGUAUAGCCAAGGUUCAUGAAGCACCGAGUGAAGAUAUUUUAACCAUACGCUCGUUCUCUAACGCCAUUAGAACCGCUUGGUGA